AUGUUCAUUAUGGUAUUCAGGAUUGAAGAUCUUGACAACUUCUUGGUCGGUAGUAAACUUGGCUUUGCCUCAGUUGUGACACCGGAGCCUCUUGCAGAGAAGUCAACAAGCGAUAAGGGUGAAGGAGAGCGUGGAGAAAAAACAAGGAGCAUUCACGGUACCAUUGGCUACCUUAUUCCACGAAAGAUGACCCUUUCAUUUCGACAUUCACAUGACUCCGGUGAAAAUUCACCUCAGAGUUACAUUGGUCGUAGUCUUGGCCGACUCAUUCAUCGAACCGCUUCAAUGGGACAAAAGAAUCUAAAAUUGAAUCCUACCAUGAUUCCUGGAGGUGAUAGACGAAGACCAAUUUCUAUCGGUUGCUCUGAAGAACUCUUCUCCGAUCAUGCUGCGAUUGAUGUGAUUGAACAGGAUCCGAGUGCAAAGACUGGUGGAGAGGAUUCGGAAAGUAUAUUCCUUGAAAGGUCAACAUCGAGCACGCCCUCUUUUGCGGACGAAAAAGAAGUUUUCGAUGUGCUUCGACAGUCAUCUCUACUUUGGGAGCUUGUCAGCGAGCAGGAGUUCCUUCAGAGAUGCGUCUUGACAGAAGCUGAGAAAGAGGAGGAAGCUGAAGCCUACGACUCCUUGAUAACUGAUUCAUCCAUUUUCUCAAUUCUUCCACCUCCAGCUGCCAUCUUCCAAAGCACUAUUCUAACAACGCAAAUCCAAAUUCAAGAAUUAUUUAACGCAAUUCCAUUGGCGGCCCAAACUUUUGAUUGGUCACUCACCUUCAGCACUGAAUUGCAUGGCUUCAGCCUAGCGACACUUUAUCGACGUUGUGAGGAAUUUUCAAGCGGAGAUCUUGAAACCAACUCUCGCUCGGAGGGCGUUCGUACUGCAGGAGAUUUCACUGAACGUACUCUCAUAACGAGACAUGGAAAUAUUUGUUACAAUCUACGACAUCAACCUUCCGCACUAUUGAUUAAGGAUACAACGGAGCACGUGAUGGGUGCCUAUCUGAACUGUCACCCUCAGGUCCAUAUUGGUUCUUUCUACGGCACUGGAGAAACGUUCGUCUUUCACUGGAUCCCAACAUCAUCAUCUACAACUCCGCGCACUGAGGAUAUUCCUACUUCAAAGAAUGUCACGGAAAACUCACAAUCCUGUAGAAAUUUCUGCUUCAAGAAAUACGCCUGGUCUGGGAAGAACUCUUUCUUCAUAUCUGGUGAUUCUGAUGUCCUCGCUGUUGGAUGCUCAGAUGGCAGAUCCGCUCUGUGGAUAGACUCGAGUUUGAACCGAGGUCGAAGUGAACCUUGUGAAACAUUCGACAACCCUGAAUUGACGCCAUCGGAGGAUUUCUUCAUCUACGCCCUGGAACUCUGGUCUCUCAGCUAA